UAUCGAUUCAUAACCGGCAAGCUUUUUUAAAGCUUAAACUUGUUAAAAACAAACAUUUCGAUCGAUUUAUUGUGGUUUACUUCCCUUUCAUGAAAUGCAUUCAUGCAUUAAUACCGCUAUUUUAAAACUAUUUAUAAAGAAUGGGGUAUUGUCCUUGUACAGGUUACAAGUCUCUUGGAUAAUAUAACAUUAUAGUCUUACCAGUAAUGACAAAAAAAUCUAGUCAGCUGAUGAUGUAAAAGUGUCCUGGCGAAGGUAAUGCUAAAUAUAGAGCAUCGAAAUUUGCAGGGUGAUAAUAUCUUAAUCAAGAUUUACUAUUAGGAAUAGUCUCGAAGAAAAUGAAUUUGAAAUAUAGGAAUUUCUUACUCCUUUUUGGGUUGGCUAUUAUGAUAAUUACAAUAUAUCGAGUAUAUAGUUCAAAACAUAGCAGUGAAAAUGUACAGUUUGUUGAUGGUCAAGGAAAUAUAGUGCUCAAUAAAAAUCAAAUGCAGGCGAGGUCAGGAAAUUCACAGGGACCAUUAAAAACUGACACAAAGCAGACUGGUAAUAAGCAAAACAGUGUUCCAGCAAAGGCUGCUGAUACAUUACCCCCUCAACAAAAUCAACCUCUUGACUAUCACGAAUCUAUUCCUGUUAUUCUCAGAGAUUGUGGACAGCUAUGUAACACUUCACGACAUGGAUUACCAGGACCAUAUUUUGAUCAUAUAAAAGCUCCAAUUGAUUGUACAGCGUUAUUUAAAAACGAUUAUAUCGAUAGAGGACACGGCCUAAAAGUAGCACCCAGAAACAUUCCGAAGGAGUUAUUGAAUGAUUAUACAAUGAAUGGUCGAGUAAGGGUUUCUAAUUAUUAUUUUAAUCAACAGUAUUUAGGGAAAAAGGCAGAGACAUCAUUGUGGUCUAAAGAAAUGAUAGACCUAUGGGUAGCAAGAGCAAAGAAUGCAACAUUGCAGGGAACUUAUUAUGCUGGUGAAACAAAUGCUUUACGAGAUGGAUUACGACACGCAUCAUUAAUCAAAGAUGGCCGAGUUCUAGUCAUUGGAUCGGAAAACCCUUGGGUCGAGGCGUGUGCAUUAGAAGCAGGUGCACGAGAAGUAGUAACUUUAGAAUAUGGACGUAUAACAUCAACACAUCCCCAAGUUAAAACUUUGGUGCCUUAUGAGUUUCGUAUGAUGUAUUUAAAUGGCACUCUUGGAACAUUUGAUGCUAUAGUUACCUUUAGUUCAGUAGAACAUUCUGGACUUGGUAGGUAUGGAGAUGGAUUAAAUCCUUGGGGCGAUAUCAUUGCAAUAGCAAGAGCCUGGUGUGUGACAAAACCUAAAGGUUCACUAACGAUAGGUGUAAUGUAUAACUUCAAUAACGACAUGUUACAAUUCAACGCUCACCGAUAUUACGGGAAGAUCAGGUAUCCUUACCUAACAACUAACUGGAAACAAGUUUACAAAGGUAGAGGUAUACAAAAAGUUCACGUGUUUGAGAAAGAUGACAUAUAAAAUUAACCUAUGCAUUAAUAAAUAUAAUUGAUACUAUUUUUACAAAUUUGUAUUUUCAUAAUUGUUUAUUAAAGUAGUUACAUGUUUUACGCAUGCACAACA